GACGAGGUGUUACCGUGACAAACGGCGCCCCCUGGUGGCGGUGCAGGAAGCCGAGCUAACGGCGCUAACGUUCUGCCCCUCUGAGCAGAUCAGCACAUCCUGCGGGAGCUGGAGAAGAAGAAGAUCCUGGUGUUCACGCCGUCCCGCCGCGUCGCAGGGAAACGCGUCGUCUGCAACGACGACUGCUUCAUCGUGAAGCACGCCUUCGAGUCGGACGGCGUCGUCGUGUCCAAUGACCUUUACCGCGACCUGCAGGGCGACAAGCCCGAGUGGCGCCGCUUCAUCGAGGAGCGGCUGCUCAUGUACUCCUUCGUCAACAACAAGUUCAUGCCGCCAGACGACCCGCUGGGCCGACACGGACCCGACCUGCAGAACUUCCUCCGGAAGUUCCCGAAGACGCAGAAGAAGCCGGCGUGUCCCUACGGGAAGAAAUGUACGUACGGGACCAAAUGUAAGUUCCACCAUCCGGAGCGGUCCAAACAGAACCCCGGCCCGGUUUCGGACCCGAACCCGCCUCUAGUGGACGACCUGGCCCGGAAACUGACUCUGGCACACGGCAGCAGUUCUGGAAGGAAGCCGGAACCGGUCCGGUCCGGACACCGCUCCGGCAGAAAGUCCCAGUCCAGGAAGGAGAAGGUGGGUCUGCAACCGGACCGCGGACCCGUCCGGAACCAGGGCUGCCAGGACCAGCUGGACUCCGGCCUGGGAUCCAUAGACAGUCAGAACCCUUGGAGUCUCCCCGACCCGAAGUACGCCACGCCCUACGGAACCGGGCCGGUACCGUUCUGCUGCUCACACGGCCCGUCCCGGAUGGUUCCGACUGACCCGGCCCGCUACAGCCCGGCCCGGUACCCCAGCUGUGGCCCGGUUCCGCUCAGCAGACCCGCCUACAGCCAGCCUCCAGACUUCCAGCACCGCAGAGUCCAAACUCACCAGCACCAGCACCGGUACUGGUCCGACCCGUUCGGACGGAUCCCCGAUGCUCACGGCCUGGCAGGGGACCGGGCCACAUGGGAGACUGGUCCAGGUCCAGAACCGGGUCCGGAGCAGAGGGAGGUGGUCCGGAAGAAGCUCCUGGCCAUCUUCAGCGCCCAGCUGGUGGACUCGGCCAUGGUCCGGUUCCCCCACGUUCUGGACCCGCAGGUUCUGGUGGCAGAGAUCCUGGCCCUCCAGAGUCAGAACCGGUCCCUGAGGUGAGUCGGGUCGUCCCUCAG